AUGUAUUUUUUUUUGGUCUACUACUCUACUGUGCGGUGAUUUUACGUUUCCUGGUUCAUGAUUGACAAAGAAAAGUAGCCAAGGCAAAGCGGUGACACGGAAGGGAGACGGGGCGGAUUAGUCAGGCAUAUUCAGCCACUCCUUGAUUGUCCUCCUGCGACGACCACCCGUCCUUCAAUACAACGCAAUUCUUUUAUACUCGUGUCCAAUGUUAAGGGAGCUUUGAUAGUGUUGACUUUCCUAUGGUUACAGGCCGGAAGGAGCAGCUGUGUAAAUCCUGUGUCUGUGUCUUAUGGCACACUGAUCUGUAGACGCUGACUGACUAUUCAUUUGAAGCAAGGGGUCAACAAAGUAUCUUUACUUGAGACGGUACCGCUUCUCAUUCCAGAACGCAUCUAUUGAUGCCUUUUGCACCGCCCCUUGUGAUCACUGCAUGGUUAAUAUGAAGGAGUACAAAGUCGUAGUUUUAGGCAGCGGCGGUGUGGGCAAGAGCGCCCUCACCGUCAAAUUCGUCUCGGGGACCUUCAUGGAGAAGUAUGACCCGACCAUCGAGGAUUUCUACCGUAAGGAGAUCGAGGUGGACACGGCGCCUUCUGUCCUGGAGAUCCUUGACACAGCCGGCACGGAGCAGUUUGCCUCCAUGCGUGACCUCUACAUCAAGAACGGUCAGGGUUUUGUCAUCGUUUACAGCAUCAUCAGCGUGCAGACGUUUCAGGACAUCAAGACGAUGCGAGAGCAGAUACAGCGGGUGAAGGGCGUUGACCGCAUCCCCAUUAUCCUCGUAGGCAACAAGAGUGACCUUGACUCCCAGAGGGAGGUCUCUGCGGCUGACGGCGCGGCUCUGGCUCAGCACUGGGGCUGUCCCUUCCUGGAGACUUCGGCCAAAAGCACAAACAAUGUCAACGAGGUGUUUAUUGAGAUUGUCCGCGAGAUGAACUCUAGCCCGCUCAAGGACAGCAAAGGCUGCUGUCAUAUUCUAUGAUCAUGGAUUUUUUUUUUCAUGCCCUUGGAUAUAAUUCUUUUUGGUUACACACUCAUUCUAGUAAAGGUGAGUACCUUGUGGUUAUUACUCUGCUAUUCUUUUUGUAAUUUUUAUGAUUUUUGUUGUUGUUUACUACAAUAUUUUAACACCUUUCGUCUUUGUCUUAUUUUUAAAAAGAGGUUUUGUUCUGUUUGGUUGAAACUCUUUAUUUUCUUUACUUUAUCGUUAUUAGAUACUCAACGCCUGCCCCACUCCCCCUCCCCU